GGUCAUUACUUCUAGCGAGGGCCGGCAGCGGCAGCAGCAGCAGCAGAGCCCCAACGCCACCGCCGUCACCUCUCCGCUCCGUCAUCUGAAGCGUCAAUGGCCUCCGCCGCCUGCUCUUGUGCCACCACCGCCGCUAUAUCGUAUCCUUCUUCUGAGUACUUUCCUUCUCCGGCUGGGUUUUCCCCAGGAGCAAGACGGAGAAGAAGAAUUAGCGUGACCUCAAUUAAUGCUACCAAUAGUAGUAGAGUUUCUUCUUCUUCUUCUGCAAUGUUGUUCUGCUCCUCCUCCUCUACUCUUUUCCCUCACAGAGGCAGGGGCAGAGGCAGAGAAACUAGCUUCUUAUCCAUGCCUACUUCCUUCCUCCCCCUCUCGAUUUUCGUGGUUUCUUCAUCAUCGGCGGCGGCGGCAAGGAACGCAAAUUCAGACACUAGUAGUGCCGAUGGUAAAAGUAAAGGAACGGAUAAGAAACAGUUAGAAGGGAAGGAAGAAGAGAUCGUGGAGGAAGAGGAUCUGCCUUGGAUACAAGAGAAGGCGCUGGACCUGGUAGAGUUCACGGGGUCUGUCACCCAGGCAAUUCCUGGGCCCAGAGUCGGACGCAGCUCCUUGCCAUGGAUUCUCGCCAUUCCCUUGGCUUAUGUCGGCAUCACCUUCUUCAUUGCAGUCGUCAAGACCCUCCGCAAGUUCAAUUCCCCCAAGCAUAUCCGACGCAAAUUGGUCAGUAAAAAUGCUAUGCUUUGCAAAUCAAUUGAUGAGGUGUUUGAAGAAGGAAGGGGUGGAGUACAACAAUCAGCUCUCAAGGGAUUGAUGCAAAAGACAGAUUUUAGCAUGGAGGAGAUUUUCCGCAAGUACAUUCGCUAUGCAUUGAAUGAGAAGCCUUUUAACCCAGACUUGGUUGCAAACCUUAUCGAGCUGAGGAAAGCUUCUUCUUUGGACGAGUCUCAAGUUGCUGAAAUUCUAAAUGAGAUCUCUAGACGGAUUGUGAAGGAUAAAGGUCCGGUUGUCAUGCACAUGUCAGGAUAUUCUGAAAAAGGUUUCAAGAGAAAACUUGCUGUUCAAGCUCUUUUUGGAAAGGUUUACUAUCUCUCCGAGCUUCCAGAAUUCUGUUCCAAGGAUAGCUCCUUGAUUGUGAAAGAAAUUUUCGGAGUUGCAGAUGAGGAUGCAGAGAAGCUUCGGCUACACACUCUUUCAGAGGCUGGGGAUGUGGAUUCACUCGAAAAAAUGGUUGAUGCUUCAGAUUCUGAAGAACCAACUGACAACUCAUCCAAUGCUCCUUGAUCACUUGCACAUUUUUGUUUGGUAAUUGUUUGCCAAAGCAAAAUAUUAGCCUUGCUCCUGUUUUUUGUAGCUAGGGCAUCAGGAGGCUUAUCAUCUUACUCUGGGGCAUCGGCUCGUGUAUUUUGUCAUUCUUUCUUCUUUUUUUCUUUUUUUCAGUAGAGAGUACGAAGGGAUUCAAUGUUACCUUGUUAGGACUGAUUUUAUGCGUAUGUUAAGCUGAGAGCUAUGCGCUCUGCGGUCGUCUUUAA